AUGGUGUCCUUGAAUGUAAUGGAUACCAACGACAAUGUGGAAUUUAACGUAGAACUGUUUGAUGAUUGCGACAUGUUAAUGCACAUGCAUUACAGUGAUUCUGUAAUAUUUUUAGGUGUUUCAAAAUGGAAUCGUUCUUUAGUAUUUGAAAAGGGCAAUAAAGAAAAUGGUCCAAAGUUGAAAGCACAACCUGGAAAACCUGGUUGCUAUGCCAUCGGAGGUCAAGUAAAUGUUACUCAAGAUUUCAAAGGUGACUUCAGUAUCUAUGUCGAAUUGCGAAGGAGUGCUAGUAGAAAACGAGUCAGUCACCUUCUCUUACAAGAUUAUCAACGAGCACCGGCGGAGCCUUGCAUUAAUCAGCGUUCUAAUGGAUGCGGCGGAUUCGGAUCUUGUUUAUACUGUAAUGUUUGCAAAUCAUUGGGAGCAGCAACUGGUGUGAGCGCUCAGUUACUUAAAAACGGAAAAAGUAUUGACUGUGAAGAAGGCCUUUCGCGUGGAAUCCACAACAACAUUGAGUUGGAAUUUUGUGUGCCGCCGCUGAAAGAAAUUUUGGCAGCACAGGGACUGAGCAGAGAAAUCCUUCUGUCUGUGGUGCAAUCUGAGACCGGAAAUACCGAUCAAACGAUAAAUAUAUUUAUAACAAUAUAUAUUUUCAAAAAGGAUGUGUCAAAACUAAUGCAAACACAAACCAAAGUUAUUGCUCUUUAUAGGAGAAAUAAGAAAUCAUCCAACAAGAACGAGCCACUGCCUACCAAUGUUUAUUGGAGUUUACCUUUUAAUGCGAUGAUUAAAAAUGAAAGAUUAUUCACUGCAUGCCAUAUUAUUCAUGGACGAGUGCGAAUUGAGUAG